AUGGCAAACAAAGCCUCCAAAUCCCUCGCCCGCGCCAACGCACGCACGCUCACACGCACGCACACCAUCACGGCCUCCCUCCACGCCCUCUUCAUCCUCUACCGCCUCCUCUUCCGCCACGGCUCCUGGCGCAAGUACCUCGUGCUGUCGCUACCCAGCCUCGUCAUCGAGUACUACCUCGAGCGCCUCGGGCGCCCCACCUACACCGCCACAGGCGACCUGCGCUCCCCCGGCGAGGACAUGGAGGCAAAGGGCGUCACAGAGUACCUCUGGGAUGUCGUGUAUGCUACGUGGGUUGUCAUGGGCCUCGUGGGCGUGGCGGGAGAGUGGGCGUGGUGGUUGUGGACGAUUGUGCCAGCGUACGCUGGAUACCUAGCCUUCUCGACAUACAACGGCAUGAGGAACGGGCUGAUGCCUGGGAUGCCUGCGGCGCCCGAGGGCCCUCCCAGCGCCCCAGCGGCGGGAAUGAGUAAUCGCCAGAAGAAGUCUGAGAAGCGUGGGGGACAGAAGAUUAGGUACCAGUAG